GUAAAAAGUAAAAUGCCCAAUAGAAUGGAAAUUGAGUCCAGUCAAAUGUAACGAUCGAGAUUGGAGGUCAAGUGGAGAGCCGCUGAUCAGUGAUCACCAAUUGGAAUCUUUUUUGAUCUUCAGGAGAGAUGCAGAAUCAAGAGGAUGGCCAAAAUGCUUCUGAAUUUGAAGAUUGGGCAAAUUUUGGGGACGAUGACAUUGUGUAACAACACUCUGCAAUUCGCUCCGCUGAAUCUGAUAGAAUUCCUUUUCUCGGAGCCUCUUUCUGCAUUAGCCGCUGAAUACCAAUCAGGAAGCCCUAUUUUGCUUGAGAAGAUAAAGAUCCUCGCCGAGCUUUAUGUUGCUAUUAGGCGAACGCGUGGAGAUGGCAACUGCUUCUUUCGAAGCUUCAUAUUUUCAUACCUUGAGCAUAUUUUGGGGACACAAGACCGAGCAGAAGUUGAUCGAAUCAAAACAAAGGUGGAAGAAUGUAGGAAAACGCUUCAGAGUUUGGGUUAUGCUGAUUUUACCUUUGAGGAUUUUUUUUGCGCUAUUCCUGGAGCAGUUGGACUGCGUUCUUCAAGAUUUGUUACUUCUGGGGAAAUACAGAAACGGUCUGAGGUUUUUGAACCCUUUAUAUUGGGGUUAACAAAUGCAACAGUGGAACAGUUUUGCAAUUCAUCAGUGGAACCUAUGGGUGAAGAGAGCGACCAUGUGCACAUUACUGCCCUAUCAGAUGCACUGGGUGUGCCAAUUCAGAUUGUAUACCUUGACCGCAGUUCUUGUGAUACAGGUGGUGUUAGUGUAAAUCAUCACGAUUUCAUUCCUGCUGCUGAUGAUCUACAGAAUUCUAGUAGUGGUAGUUCAGCGACCAAGAUUCCCUUCAUUACUUUGCUUUAUCGGCCAGGUCACUAUGAUAUUCUCUACACGAACACAAAGCGAUUCCUCACCCACCCUGGCUAUUAAUUGAUUACUGGCAAAUGUAGGGGCUAUGAAGGUAGAAAGUGACUCAUGGCAGGAUCCUAGUGUUUUAAGGUAAAGCCCUAAGCUCAUUUGCUUUAUGCUGUAGCUUGUGAAAAAAAAUGUUCAAAUGCUUCUGAACUCUUUUGAGUGGGGACAUAGUGCAAGGUUGCUAGAAAAGAUGGGAACAAUCAUCAGUUUCAAUUCAUGGAUCAUCUCUGUGAAAUUGCUAUGCUGAAAGGGGAAUUUUUAGGUUGAUUCUGAUUUUUUUUUUUCAAUUAACAGCUUGCUGUUUUUUGUCAUGCCUGUAUAAGGGUAUCAAAGGUCUGCAAUUUGGAGCCAUUGGUCUGAGAUUAGGUGUUAACAGCUAACAAGGCAUGCUUGGCAGCUGGUUACCAAGCAUGUUGCCAUAAGUGUCCCAGCUAAUUAUUGGCAAAAUUAAUCCUGCAUUGUCAUUGCUUC